AAUUGGAGUCAACACGUUGUAUGGUCGUAUUACAAUAUGCCGACUCGGGUAAUUUGCGUGAAUUUCUGGAUCAUAAAGAAUUAUCAUGGAUUAAUAAAUUGCACAUUGCAAGAGACAUAGCGCAUGGAUUAUGUCAAUUACAUAAAGCUGGAGUAGUGCAUGGAGAUUUACAUACACAAAACAUAUUUAUCAAUAAUUAUCAAGCUUUCAUAAGAGCUCCAAGGAUGAUUUUACCUGAUGAUACAUCAGCCUCUUAUUACAGUGCAGCACCAGAAACAAUUCCAUACGUAGAUCCAAAAAUUGUUAAUGAC